CCAAUUGAGCUUUAUACCCACUUGGUUGAAGCAGGUAAACUGCGCGAAGAUGCACACCAACGCCAAUCUGUUGCUAAACUUGAGGAACUAUACCGCCGAAUCGAGCAUUACGACCCACCCAAACUGCCUUUACCAGAAAAAGUCAAGCAGCAUAUCAAAGAGUUAUUUGAUCAGAAACAGACUGUAAGUCGAGCUAUUCGAGGUCCCAAUGGGCUCUACAUUUAUGGUGAUGUUGGUACUGGCAAAACCAUGUUAAUGGAUUUGUUUUACCAAACCGUACCAACACCACUCAAAAACAGAGUUCAUUUUCACGCAUUUAUGCAGGAUGUUCAUAAACGUAUUCACAAGUUACGUGUUCAUGAAGGGAUCACAUCUGAUCCACUGCCACUGAUUGCAUCCGAAUUGGCAAGCGAGGCCUGGCUGUUGUGUUUUGAUGAGAUGCAGGUCACAGAUAUUGGAGAUGCCAUGAUUCUCCGGAGGCUUUUUUCUGAAUUGUUUGAUCGUGGAGUUGUCAUGGUUACUACUUCCAAUAGGCCGCCCGAUGACUUAUACCAGAAUGGUAUUCAAAGACAAAGCUUUCUUCCUGCAAUUGAUUUAUUGAAAAAUCGGUGUCAAGUUCACUCUUUAAAUUCCGGAAUUGACUAUCGAAAACAAGGUAAUGUUUUGAAGAUAUAUAUCAGUUGCCCCUUGAAUAUUGAAACUGACGAUAUCAUUCGUCGUCUGUUUAAUCAACUUCGCGGCGGUACAAAGGGUAAUGUUGAAGCCAAAGAAAUAUCUUUUUGGGGACGUACGUUGCUGAUCAAGGAGUCUGCAGGACGAGUUGCAAAGGUUUCUUUCCAGCAACUCUGUGGAGAGCCGCAUAGUGCUGCAGAUUACCUGGAGCUUGUCAAACACUUUGAUAUAAUUUUGUUGACAGAUGUUCCCGCCAUGACACUAGCUCAUCGUAACGAGGCUAGACGGUUUAUUACAUUGCUUGACGCCAUGUAUGAAAAUCGAAUUAAGCUGGUAGCCACUAUGGAAUCGAAUCUUUCCGAGCUGUUUUUAGACAAAAUUAACCCCCAUGCACACCAGAUCAUUGCAGAUACACACAGACUCUUGAUGGAUGAUUUAAAGCUUUCGACUGAACAGGCGACAAGCUCAUUAUUUACAGGCGCAGAAGAAGUAUUUGCAUUUCAGCGAGCCAUUUCUCGGUUGACGGAGAUGCAAACACAUGGAUGGGUA